UUGAUAAAAAAACUAUUUCAGACAUAUUCAAAUUAUGAAAACCUUAUAACGGUUUCAGAUACCGCUCGUACAUGUCUUUCUGGUGCAAAUAAUAAAUUUUCUUCGAAAUUGUGUGAUACUACUGGAAGUGGAUCCACGAAUUUUGUCUGUCAAAAAUUUACAUGUGCUGGUGGACGAUCACCAUUCACAUUACGUACUUGUGCAAAUCCAUUAUCAAAAUGUCUAGCUGGUCGGAAAACUUGUGAACGAAGCCGAGGCAUUCCUUCAUGUCAAGAGUGUAACUCCGAUGAUUGCAACAAAUGA